CUCUAUUCUGCCAGUGAUGCAGAGCGAUUGGCCAAAGAGGUGUCAACCAUGUUGUUACUUAAGCAUAUUAACGUCAUGUCUCUAGUGGGAGUAUGUCUUGAAGGGGACAUACCCCUACUAAUUAUGCCCUUCAUGACCAACGGAAGUGUCUUGGAGUUUGUUAAAAAGCACAGAGAAAGUCUGCUAUGCAUCAGCACAAUUGAAGCACAGAUUUUGUCUGCCAAGAAAACUCUACUUAACAUUUGUCACCAUAUCUCAAAGGGUAUGGAAUAUCUUGCAAUGCAGAAGUUUGUUCACCGUGAUCUGGCAGCCAGAAACUGCAUGAUUGACCGUGAUGGAGUGGUAAAGGUUGCAGAUUUUGGGCUAACUGAAGAUAUGUACGGUACCAAAUACUUCCGUCGGGAUAGGGCAGAGAGUGGGAAGGAGGAGAAGCUGCCCAUCAGGUGGAUGGCUCCUGAGAGCAUUGAGAAGGACAUCUACACCGAGGCCACUGAUGUGUGGUCAUUUGGAGUGACGGUAUGGGAGAUCUUCACUUGUGGGAGGAUCCCAUACACUGGUAUUCCAGCCAUGGGCCUUCUGAUGAAACUGCAGAGUGGGCAGAGGCUGGAAAGACCUGACAACGAGGCCUGUCCAGAUGAAGUGUAUCAAAUAAUGAUGAGUUGCUGGUCACUCGCCUCCCGUGAUCGUCCAAGGUUCAGGUGUUUGGUUGGCAAGUUCAAUGCCCUUCUGGAGAGGGAGGCAAACUACCUGGAGUUAUGUCAGUCUCUCUGCUGGAAGGAGCAAGAAACUGCCUCAGCUGCUGCUGAGGAUGAGGUGCAGGAACAAGAAACUGCUUCAGCUGCUGAGGAUGAGGUGCGGGAACAAGAAACUGCUUCACCUGUUGAGGAUGGGGUGCAGGAACAAGAAACUGCUUCACCUGUUGAGGAUGGGGUGCAGGAACAAGAAACUGCUUCAGCUGCUGAGGAUGAGGUGCAGGAACAAGAAACUGCUUCACCUGUUGAGGAUGAGGCUGAGGAUGAACUCUAAGAAAUUAAUCACACACAUGUUGUGCUUGUAAUAAGCUACUCGUGAUAUUGUGUACAAAACUCACCCAAAGCUCAUUUCUGACCUUAUUUCUGAGCUUUUAGCUGCACUGUAGAAAUCAUGUGACAUUACUCUUUACAA